AUGGCCACUUACGCUGGAGGAGGCAAUACCGAGGAGAACAAUCAGACUGUUCUAAGCACAUUACCCAAGGAACUGCCGUUGGACUUCUUGAGGACUAUCACAGAUCAGUUCUCAGACCAGCGCAUUCUUGGUACGGGUGCAUUUGGAACGGUUUACACGGGAGUUAUGCCAGAUAGCCAAAGGAUUGCCGUGAAGAAGCUUGCGGAGAGUGCACCGGUUGCACGCGACAAAGCAUUUACCAAUGAGGUUCAAAAUAUCAUGGCUCUCCACCAUAAGAAUGUGGUAAAGUUGGUUGGGUACUGCCAUGAAGGACAAAAGAAGGUUGUUCAAAACAAUGGAAGAUAUAUUGUUGCAGAUGUUUAUGAAAGCCUACUCUGCUACGAAUAUUUACCUAUGGGAAGCCUUCAGAGGAACCUUUUUGACAAACCCAUUAACAUGGCUUGGGAUGCGCGCUUCAAAAUAAUUAAGGGGAUCUGCGAUGGUUUACUCUUUCUUCAUAGGAUUCCUAUUAUCCAUAUGGAUUUGAAGCCUCAAAAUAUACUGUUGGACAAUAACAUGAUACCGAAAAUCGCGGAUUUUGGACUUUCCAGGCUCUUUGGCCAAGAACAAACACGGGCAAACACACAGAAUGUUGUGGGAUCAUACGGAUACAUAGCCCCAGAAUACCUAUACAGAGGUGAAAUCUCAGCUCAGUCAAACAUAUAUAGUUUAGGCCUAUUAAUCAUCGAGACUACCACCGGCGAGAAGAAUAACCCCAAACAGAAUGAACCGUCAGCAAGGGAGUUUAUUGAAAGAGUACGUAGAAAUUGGACAGAAGGACACAUAGCGUCCAGAUACUCAAAGUUGAAUGCAAAUGGCCUCCAGGAAGUAAAGGUAUGCAUUGAAAUUGGUCUAGAUUGUGUGCGCAUUGAUCGGAAGAGCAGACCCUCAAUCGAGAGCAUUGUUCGGAGGCUCGAUGGACGUUGUGCAAGCAAAAGGGCAAACCAGUUCUCCACUACUUCCAUGCGAGCAUAA